AUGCCGCCAGAAAACCUCUCGGAGAGGGUUGUCAACAACGACUGGCGCCCCCACAUCAGAUCUGAAGGGGUAUGGAUUAAAGAACUUCCAGGACCACCAGGCUGUCUCAAGCCCUGGUACAAAGGACUACCCUGGCACGAGCGAUUGUCCAAUCAUCAUACUUUGGCCAGCAUAAGGCAAUGCGCUAUUUUCGUUCCCAAGCGAGUUCCACUCGAUAGUUUAGACAAUAAAAUGAUGUCAAACUACAACCAUAGUUUAGAAUUGUUUCCUGAUCCUGUAGAUAUAGUCCUGCAGCAGGACACCAUUAGCAAUGUGGCCGAAUUGGCACCACCAUGCGUGGAGUAUGGCGAUAAUUAUACAAAUGCAAGAGGGAAACCGUGGAGGAGAUUGACAAACACCAGGGAACUAAAACGGGAACGAAUUAUUGCUUUGGGGCAUCCUCUCCAGAUAGCAGGACUAAAAGAGAGGAUGUCACCACAUCAAGUAAAGUUGAUGAACAGUGGACACCAUUCACCACUUACCAAUCCAGGAUAUUCUAGACAACCGGCCGAUGGAACAGUUUUCCGCUAUUAA